GCCGUGGCCCCGACCCUGGUCAAUGGGCGUGCCUGGGUCGGGGGUGGUGGUGGCGGUGGCCCGGGCCUAGGCACUGGCAGCACGGGUGCCGCCUCCUCCCAUCAGACCACAGCAGCCUCGGCCAACAACUAGCACCAACUCUGGCUUUAAUCCCGUCAACUGCUCUUCUCCCCGGCCCAGAUCAACACUCGGCAGCAUCGAUGGGCUCUCAGUUUAAAGAAACAACACAGAAUUCCUUCAGUUCCCUGCACUGGAAUCUCGGCUAGAGUCUAUCAUACACAGCAGAAAACAGUCGGGCAGGCAGCCUACGUGGAAGGAGAAACGUGUUAAUGCUUCAGGCUGAAAACACUGGAAAAGAGUGGGGAAAUGAGUCCGAAGCUGCAGUAAAGGAUAAUUUUGAUGUGGAUCAUUUUGUGUCUGAAUGUAGAAAACAUGUCCAAUUGGAGACACUUCGGGAUGAUUUGGAACUUUAUUACAAGCUUUUGAAAACUGCUAUGGUUGAACUGAUAAAUAAAGAUUAUGCAGACUUUGUCAACCUUUCCACCAACCUGGUUGGUAUGGACAAAGCCUUGAAUCAUCUGACAGUACCACUGGGUCAAUUGAAAGAAGAGGUGAUGAGCCUGAAGCUGGCAGUUAGUGAAGGGAUUCAAGCAAUAGAUGACCGUUUGGCAAAAGAAGAUGAUAUCAGAAAGAAAAAAAUGUGUGUGUUAAGACUGCUUCAAGUAAUACGAUCAGUUGAGAAAAUUGAAAAGAUCCUCCACUCUCAGUCAUCCAAAGACAUUUCUCCCUUGGAAACAAGUAGUGCACCCUUAGCUGGUCAGAUGCUGGAAAGGAUCGGUACAGAGUUUAACCAGUUACAUUUUCAUGCAGUACAAAGCAAGGGAAUGCCUCUUUUGGACAAAGUGAGACCUCGAAUAGCUGGGAUCACAGCUAUGCUUCAGCAGUCUCUGGAAGGACUACUAUUGGAAGGUCUGCAGACUGCCAAUGUUGAGAUUGUUCGUCCCUGUCUACGGACCUAUGCCACCAUAGAUAAAACGAAGGAUGCAGAAGCACUUAUUGGCCAAGUACUUGUGAAACCAUAUGUGGAGGAGGUAAUCAGUGAAGAAUUUGUGCAAUCUCCGGCAAAUGGUCUUAAAAAGAUGUAUAGCAAACUGCUGGACUUCAUUCCCAACCAUUGUCGCCUCCUCCAGGUGGUGACUGGAGGAGCAAUAACUGGUGAUAAGAACAAAGUGAUUCCAGGAUAUGAUUUUACAGUGAAUUCUGUCUGGCCAGAAAUGGUGCGAGGUUUAGAGGAAAAAUUGCCAUCAUUAUUUAACCCCGGCGAUCCAGACACAUUCCAUGAGAAAUACACAAUUACAAUGGAGUUUAUUAGAAAAUUUGAGUGGCAGUGUGCAUCUCAAGCAAGUGUUAAAAGACUACGUUCACACUCAGCAUACCAAAGUUUCCAUGGCAAAUGGAACCUGUCUGUCUAUUAUCAGAUCCGAUUCAAAGAAAUUGCAGGAAAUUUGGAGGCGGCUUUGUCUGAAGGUUUGAAGGAAGCACCAGAUGGAAGCGAUUUCAGGCUUCAGGUUACUUGCAUUUUGUGGCAGAACCUUAUGAAAUGCUGGGAUGAUGGUAUCUACCUUCCUCCACUGGCUCACCGUUUCUGGAAACUGACACUGCAAUUGCUAGCACGUUACGUUAAGUGGGUGGACGAGUUGAAAACUGCAUCAUCAGACAAGGACCUUACUCACCAUGGGAUCAAACCUAUGCCAACCUUUAGCAACAGUGUGUCAUCCUCUUCGAAUGGAAGUGGUGAGGAGCUGGGAAAUGGGCAAGCUGCUGAUGUGAAAACUGUUCCACCUCUCUCUGUGAAUCAACUUGUAUACCUUGUUGCUGAUUUGGACAAGGUUGAAGAGCAGCUUCCUGGCCUUUUAGAUCUGAUUAACCCAAGACUAGAAAAUAUAGGGUUUCAGAAUUUCCCUCUCAUUUCUGAGGCACUGGCAGACUCUCAGACUUCUGUGAAAAACACUAUACCUGCAUUAAGUGAUAAGAUUGUUGAGGAAGUGAGCGAAGCCUGUUUCAGUUAUCUUAAAAAUGCUUCAGAAGUUCCCCGGCUCUACCGGAGGACUAACAAGGAAGUGCCCACCAAGGCUUCCCUGUAUGUAGAGAAUGCUUUGAAACCUCUGUACAACCUUCAGAGUCAAUAUAAAAGUGUCGUAAAAGAAAACAGGAUACAGGAGUGGUUAUCGUGUGCUCUUAGAAUUAGCACGGAAAGGUAUUAUGAAACGGUUUCUGAUGUCCUAAGCUCUGUUAAAAAGAUGGAGGAGAGUCUCAAACGACUGAAGCAAGCAAGAAAAUCUGCAGCUCCAAGCAACAUGGGAACAAACAGUGGCAUCAGUGACGAUAACAAAAUCAGGUUGCAACUUGCUCUGGAUGUCGAGUACCUGUGGGAUCAAGUGCAGAAACUGGGCUUGCAGAUGUCAUCCUUCACACAGUUUGCAGCUCUGCUGGAUGUAGUUCAAGCUGCGAAAGCUAUGGCUACAGUGGAGCCUGUCUGACAGACUGCCAAAGCCAGGAGGAAACAACAACUUCACCAUCCAGUGCAACUUCAUAACAAAUGGUUCUUUGGACCUGCUGCCUUACUACCACAGUUUACACCUCUAAUUCACACCGUGGGCAUGUUUUAAUCUCCCCUCUCCCCCCCCCCAAAGUCAGAGCUGUGGUAAAAUAUUCAUGAAGGUGGACUGCAGCUUGUAAAUCUCUGAAGAAUGCUUGUGGAGUUACUGAAUGAUAAUUCUUUCUUGUACUUGUAAGUAUCUGGAGAUCUGGACAACAUGUUGAGGAUACAUUGUCUGCAUCAGGCGAGUGCAAUUUUUUAUUUUCACACAUUAUAAAUGUGAUUGGAAUCAAAUCACCAAACACGAGAACUGUGGUUAUUUUACCAAGAGUUGAGAAAAAUGUAAAGCAUAAUUGUAAUUUCUGCUAUAUCAGUGAUUUACCAACAUAUUUAAAUAAAUUAACAAGGAAAUCUGGAGCAAUUUCUUGUCUGAGUAAUGGUUUAAUGCCAAACGUGGCUGAGCCAUAUAGUAGAUAGGUAUUUGAAAUACUGAGGUGUUAUUAAGGGAAGCUACACUCAGUGGCCACUUUAUUAGUCCUAAUAAACACCAUGUUCAUGGUGUUCUGCCUCUGCAGUGCAUCCACUUUAAGAUUUGACAUGUUAUACAUUUGAUAUGCUCUUCUGCACAUCGCUGUCAUAAUGCAUGAUUAUUUGAGUUACUGUCACCUUCCUGUCAGCUGGAACCAGUCUGGUCAUUCCUCUGACCUCUCAUUAACAAGGUAUUUUCACCCACAGAACUGCUGCUCACUGGAUGCUUUUCGUUUCUGCACCAUUCUCUGUAAGCUCUAGAGAGCGUUGUGCAUGAAAUUCCCAGGAGAUCACAGUUUCUGAGAUACACAAAUCACCCCGUCUGGCAUCAAAAAUCACUCCAUGAUCAUAGUCACCUAGAUCACAUUUCUUCCUCCAUCUGAUGUUUGGUCUGAACAACGACUGAACCUCUUGACCAUGUCUGCUUGUUUUUGUGCAUUGAGUUGCUGCCACAUGAUUAGCUGUUUAGAUAAUUUCAUUAACAAGCAGAUGUACCUAAUCAAGUCAAGUCUUUUAUUGUCAUUUUAUUAUGUACAUGUAGGUUUCAAUAGGUACAUUUAAUGUCAGAAAAAUGUAAAUAAUAUACAACCUGAAAUUCUUUUUUGCAUAUAUAAUGUAUAUAGAAGUGAGACAACAUUUCUUCAGACCAGGAUUUAAAGCAUAACACAACUUAUGAAGAUGAGGAUAAAAUCUACAGAUGGAUCACACAUAAAGAACUAAAGUGUAUUAAUAAUAAAUUUUGUAAGCUACAGAACAGAUUAAGAAAAAAAUGCAUUGAGUAUAUGCUAUGUAAUUCUAGCUAAUAUUAAAAACAGAUACUAUAUAACUGGAAUCAUCUGGAAGGGAAGGUUUUGAAACUGGGGUUGGUAGCAACUAAAAAUUGCAGGCUGCCCCUGGUGGAGUUAGCCCAAAGCUGUCCUAGUCACAGGGUGAAUUAUGUAUAACUCUGAGCCAUCCAGUCCCUAUGUUCUGACUCUUAUGGGGCCUACCAAGCAGCAAUGGAGGUACAGAGGUCACAGGCAGUAUGACACUUAGUACUGUCAGCUAUAAGGUGGCAAAGCUCAGCCACUUCGGGGACCCAACUAUCUGAUGGGUCAAGCUCCCUGUUAUAGCAAACUGAAACAACCAAUGUCUAUUGGUUAGCUGACACAGAUUCCCAAGCUGACUUUCACUGAUUGGUCUUUUACUAUCAAUAUCUUGAAUAUUCUUGGGUAAACUAUUUAAAUAGCUAUUCUUUGGGAUGUAAUGUUGAAUUCUGAGAUUUUUGUAGUUGUGUGGUUUUAAUGAAUAAAGUUUGAUUUUGAGUUCCGGCUUUGUCUAUCUCCUGGCUUUGGGUCUCAGUAGUUAUAGGCGAGCGAACACAACAAAUUGGCGAUGAGGUCCUGUGUUAUAUUGACAUGGCAAUUUCAGCAGAAGAUUUGCACGCAAUUCGGCAACAGCAGUAAGCUCAAUUUGAGCUGGCCUAGCUGAAGUUUAACCAGCUUGACCGGGUUAUUGGUGAGUCUGGAAUUCAAAUGAGUCAGUUGUUGCGUCCAUUCCCU